AUGGCGGCAGAGAUGGUGGUGGUGGUGGUGGCGGUAGCUACGUUGCUGUUAUCGCAGGCCCCACACGCGAACGGUGACACUGGCGGAGGUCGAAGAUCGUCUCCCGCGCUGAUCGACUCCGGAGUGCGAGCUGGAUCUUCGCGGGUCUCCGGGCCGGUAGUGGUGGGACCGCAGGCCACUACCAAGCUCCGCCCGGUGGGGAAGCAGCCAGCGCCGGCCAGCGAGGACGAUGAGGAUGAAGACGAUGACGAUGACGACGAAGAUUACUUUGAUUUUGGACUCGACGACGACGACGAUGAGGAUUCGGAUGAGGAUGAGGAGGAUGCCGAAGAUUCCGAUGAGGAGGAAGCGGUCGCUGACGGCGGUCCUGCCACGGUCGCUGCCGUGACGGCGGCACCGAUCGAGACGAGCACGAUCCGGGCGCGGCUGCUGUCCGAUGCCGCGUUCAACAAGCUGUCGGAGACGCUCGGGGCCCUCAACACCGUCGGGCGGUACAUCGUGAACAUUACCAAGGGCCAGGAGGCGAGCGCGAUCACGCAGGUCGAUCCGGACACGCAGGAAACGGUCCCGGAAGCGCUCCUGACGCUCACCAAGACGGUCCUCGGACGUAACAUCACGCGUCCGUUCGAGCCGCUAAUUAAACGCGUCGGCACAGGAGAGCCGGCCGUCGGUGCCGCCGUGACCUCAGGUCCUCUGGUGGUCGGUUCAUCGACUUUCGGCACCACCACCGAGGUCCUGAUUGGCCCCUCGACCACGGCUGGACCGUUGCUGGCGGUGGCGCAGCGCAAAGAGGAUAACAACGGCGAGACGUUGAGCUUGGGACCACAGACGCCGGCGGUGCCGGCCGACCGUGGACCACCCGCUGCCGGCGGCGUUGUGUCGGAGCAGAAGAAAAAGAAGAAAAAGAAGAAGAACAAGAACAAGGUCAAGCGCAAGGAUCCGACCCACGUGGAGCCGGCGCGCCCAGUGACCCCCAGCACCACCACCCGGCGGCCACCGGCCAAUAAGAUCGUGGAAUCGACGAAGGACACCGAGAACCGGUGCCGGACACCGGACGGGCGCCCGGGGCGUUGCGAGGACCUCAGCACCUGCCCGGGGUUGCUACUGGACCUGAGCCACCUUCGGGAAUCGCUCUGCUUCAAGAGCCUGUUCGUCCCGGGCGUCUGCUGCCCGAUCAGCAGUCCGAGCACGCAGCUCACCACACCACGGCCAACGCGGCCCACGGCCCAGCCGCCCAGUCUGGUGCUGGCUCCUGUGACGACGGCGACCCUCACCACCGCUACGGCCCCCACGAAGCGACCCCUGGUGCCAGUUUACACGGUGGCACCGGCGGAUACUGGGGAGGCCCUUCCGGCCGCAACAUUGAAGCCGCUCGACAACAUCGUCGAUCCGGAUGACUGCGGCCAGCAGGAGUACUCGUCGGGUCGGAUUGUCGGUGGGAUCGAGGCCCCGACCGGCCAGUGGCCCUGGAUGGCGGCCAUCUUCCUGCACGGCACCAAGCGGACCGAGUUCUGGUGUGGCGGGUCGCUCGUCGGCACCCGGUACAUCCUGACGGCGGCGCAUUGCACGCGCGAUUCGCGCCAACGGCCGUUCGCCGCGCGACAGUUCACCGUCCGGCUCGGGGAUAUCGACCUAUCGACGGACGGGGAACCGUCGGCUCCGGCCACCUACAAGGUGACGGAGGUUCGGGCCCAUCCGCGGUUCUCGCGGGUCGGCUUCUACAAUGACGUGGCGCUGCUGGUGCUGGACAAACCGGUGCGCAAGUCGAAGUACGUCAUCCCGGUGUGCCUGCCGGGGCCGAAUUUGCCGUCGAAGGAGCGUCUGGCAGGUCGUCGAGCGACGGUCGUGGGCUGGGGUACGACCUACUACGGUGGCAAGGAGUCGACCAAGCAGCAGCAGGCCACGUUGCCGGUGUGGCGCAACGAGGACUGCAACCGGGCGUACUUCCAGCCGAUCACGGACAACUUCGUGUGCGCCGGGUUCUCGGAGGGUGGGGUCGACGCGUGCCAGGGGGAUUCGGGCGGCCCUCUCAUGAUGCUGGUCGAGGCCCGCUGGACCCAGGUCGGCGUCGUCUCGUUCGGCAACAAGUGCGGCGAACCGGGCUACCCCGGCGUCUACACCCGGAUCAGCGAGUACAUGGACUGGAUACGGGAGAACACCAAGAAGUGA